AUGGCGGCUGCGGGGAGGCGCGCUGCAAACAAACAGCCGAGAGAAAGCGAUUCUAAUGUGAAUAAAGAAGAGGCCGCUGCGUUCCUCACAUGGGACGUGAUGACGCUGCAGGAGCUGGAAGACGCCCUGAGGAAGAAGAGCGAGGAGGACCUGCACAUACAUCUGUCAGAGAAGCUGCACCUGUCCCACUCUGAGGUGUGUAUGAAGGAGGCGGCGCUGCUGCAGUACUACGUCCAGGGUCUGAGCUGGGCCCAGGAGGCUCAGCUCACUCCUCUGCAGACGUCCUUCACUCUGGCCGUGCUGGAUUUGCUGCUUCACAAUGUCACAGAGAAGGGCUUGGACUUUGUGAACAACGUGGUGGAGUUUGCUAAAGCAUUAGCUGCAGCCUGUCAGGACCCCCCGACUGAAGAGGGGCCCCCUGCUCUGCUGAGCCCAGAGGAGGCUCGGGGCCUCGUCACAUUCACCAGAGAAAGUUUGUUUCAGAAGUACCAGAUGUACCAGGCUCUGCUGAGCCCAGGGCAGGAGGACACUCUGCUGGGAGCUCAGGAGACUGUGGACGUCCUCUGGAGCCAGGAGGCUGUCACAGUGCUGGAGGAGGGCGUUGACACACACCUGCUCACGCCUGACAUUUGA